AUGCCGAAAAUUAAUUAUAUUAUGACAGAUGAGCAAAAAGAGAGCAAGAAAUGGACAGUUUGGGACUCUUACGAUGGAAAAAUGAUUUCCAGGGAAAUGAUGCGUAAUGGUAUGUAUUAUGAUGACACUAUUAAUUUUAGGGCACAUAGAAUUUGCCCAGACCUAGUAAUUAAGCCUUUAACUAACUUAGGCAGAAAUUUGAUUCAUUUCCAGUGGUGAGGAAGCAAUGUAGCAAAUUUUUCAGAUGAGUUUCAAAAUGAUAUCUAUUUAUUUCAGUCAUUUAUGAUAGAAUCACUUACAUGCAUGAGCUUGCUGCAUGAAAGAGGCAUCACCCAUGGCAAUUUAAGCCCAAAAAAAAUAUUUUCGAGCAACGGCCACAUUAAGAUCGGAUAUUUUGAAAGAGGGACUGUCUAUGGCAAUAGGGAGAAUUUUUUUAAAGGGUCAGAUUAUAUGAUUAGUCCUCAAAAAAAGGCUUGGUAUAAUGACCAUAAAAUCCAUAUCAACUUCGAAAAAGAAGAUGUGUAUGCUCUUGGACUCACGUUCUUGACAUGUUAUUAUCCAGAUUGCGACAUUUUAGGAUUGAGUAAUUAUGAUAGUGAAGACUUAAAACAGUUUGUUGAAAGCAAGACUCGCUUUCUUAACUUUUCAAUCCAAACUGUUUUAAGACGAAUGCUUACUUAUGAUCAUGUGCAAAGAUGGCCUAUGAAAGAAGCACUAAAGUAUUUAAUUAAUAAUCCUGUGUGCAAUACCACAGUAGUGGCAAAUCAGCCAGCAAGUGCUAAAAUCAAGCUAAUAACUUCUAGAUAA